GCACCGCAGACGGCAGCUCACUCCGUCGCGGCGCUCCGUGGAGAUCACUCGUGUCGGUCGCUCUUCACCCGCCUCCAAACUUUACUCGAGCUCCGAUUCGCCGCUCGCCAGCGGAACAUCUCCCGCUCUUUAAUUAAAACUUUACAUCAAACAUUUUAAUUUACGGUCGCGAGUCAAAUUGCACAUCGGCUCCAGUGCUCUACCUUGGACUUAAUACCCUGGUCUUUGCUGACCGGAAGCGAUUUGAAUUUCAAGUGUCAAUUUUCUAAGUGGACAAGUAAGAUCGUAAUCUGGUGUUUCAACGACUUUGUGGUGGAUUUUCUCUGUAUGGAUUAAAAUACAAAAAUAAGUGGAGAAAACUAUUGCUGUUAUCUGCGGUUACUGCUUGUUGUCGGAAGCUGUUCGGAAGCGUUCAGGUCCCUGUGUGUGAUGCGUGAGUGACGACCUCAUCAUGAUUCGAGACCCCCCCGCCAUGCACAAGCCGGACGGCGGCAACACAGCUCAACAAGAAGAGAACAAGUAUGCGUUGAGCAGCAGCGUGGGCGCAGCCGCGGGCGGCGCGCGGCUGUGUGCGCAGUGCGGCAAGGUGAUAACCGAGCGAUUCCUGCUCAAGGCGAUGGAGCGCUUCUGGCACGAAGACUGCCUCAAAUGCGGCUGCUGUGACUGCCGCCUCGGCGAGGUCGGCUCCAAGCUCUAUUACAAGGCAGACCUCAUGCUCUGCAAAAGAGAUUACCUUAGGUUAUUCGGCGCGACCGGCAACUGUGUGGCGUGCAACAAAGUCAUUCCCGCCUUCGAAAUGGUUAUGCGAGCCAAGAGUUUCGUUUACCACUUAGAAUGCUUCGCCUGUCAACAGUGCAAUCACAGGUUCUGCGUAGGCGACAGAUUCUAUUUGUGCGACAACAAGAUCCUAUGCGAGUACGACUAUGAGGAGCGGCUGGUGUUCGCCAGCAUGGCUGCCAACCCCAGCGGGCUGGCGCACAUCCGACGACAAGUCAGCGGACUUCAGCAGUCUCCAAGUGGUGCGUAUGCGGGCGCGGGUGGAUGCGCGGGCGCAGCGGGUGGCGCGCUAGCCGACAAGGAUGGCGGCGGCUGCGCUGGCGCCGACGACGCGUCUAGCGGCUACGGCAGCCCGCCCGACCCAGACGUGUGCGACGCCGCGCGAUGACCGAUGAUGCCGCGCCGACUCCUCGCCUCGGUGAAACCCCACUGAGUGUCGUUGGGACGCUAGGCCGCACCACGAAGCGGAACUCCAAGGCGCAGCGACCGACUCUACCAGUGACGUCGUUCGACCCUCACCCUCACGCAAACUAGCCAUCACUCACGGCUCAUAUAGAAAAUAGUCGCUUAUUUUUUAUAAGUUCAUAAACUGUCACAUAAAUCUCAGUGUAGGUUGUUUUGGAGUUAAGGAAAUAGUGUCAGUUAACGGAGCAGGCUAAGUGCAGACAUACGUCGAGUGUCGCGCCGAGCGUAUUUUAGUCGCGGCGGGUACAUUAGGCUGAGGCGGCCGUGGAUCCGCGGCCACUUUACAAAACGUCCGGGAUGAGUCGCGAAUGCGUUGUCAGAACACGAUAUUUCCAUUACGUAUACGAUUUGAACACUUGUUUACAUGUUAAGAUAGCGCGCCGCGUGGGUAGGACGCGGCUCGGGCUUGUGCCGUGCGGGUGCGCUCUCAGGACUGCUCAUCAUUCAACAUUACUACCUACUUUAUUGUCAUAUAAGUACAUUUUUGUAAUAAAUAACAUUACAUUACUUGUUUGCUGUGUAUAAACUGUUAGCAGUUCUAAUACAACACUCGUAUGGCACCAUAUCUUGCGCUUAGCCAUUUUAGUCAUGCCGUGUGUUUACAUAAAAAGCUGAUAACAUUAAUUCAUUCACGCCCUUUUAUGUCACGAUGUCAAAUCACUCUCUUUGCAUUUGUAAUAGGUAUAUAAACCUCUUCAUACAACGAUUCAGGUCCAGACGUUGAAAUUUUAUUGAUAAAUCGAUCUCAUUGUUAUGGAAUUGUAUGUAGGUACAUUUAGUAAACAUAAACAUUGUUAUCAUACAAGGUAUGAACUUUUAUCGAGGUUGGUUUCCUUUUUAUUUGCUUUUUGAUUGGUUAAGUAUGUUAAUGUUAUUAUUUUUUUACCAAAGAUAAGUUUCCGUUAAAGGAUUUUAAUUAUGUAGAGUCUACACAAAAUGAAUUAUGUUUGUAGGAUAUUAAAAUAGUGAGUGAUACUCUAUUUGGUACUCUGAAGUGGUGCAAUGGUUAGUUAAGUACCCCUGUAAAAUAUUAAAGUUCACUGUUUACGUAUGACUUUCAAAAAAUACAUUUUCUUUCGCCAUAGCUUCAGUGAUUGUUGUUCGCGUGUAAUUAUAAAGUUGACCAUAAUUUCAGAUCCGCUAAAAACUUAUUUUGUAAUGAAAAUUGAUACCAUAAAUAUAGGUAAAUAAAUGCUAAAGUUUUCUAAGAUUAUAGUAACUAAUGUAAAAUAAAGAUUUCUACGAUAAAGAUGUAUUUAUGUAAAAAUACGAUCAGUCGUUAUAGUUAGAAUAUUGGCUAAUUUAAAUUAUCUCGUCUAACAUACAAUAGAGUCACAAUACAUCGUUUUGAACUCUCAUUGACAUCGACAGAUUGAUUGAAUUUCAUUUUACCGUUACUGUGUAAAUAAAUAUAUUUAUUUAAUGAUUACA